AGGAGUGGCCAAGUCUAUGAUCGUCUCUGAAGCUACUCGCUCCGGUUGAUAUAUUGUUUGCUGACAAGCUUUUAUCCCUUGUUAGGAGUUGUGUGAUUGAAAUGGGUUACAUUUGUGAUUUCUGUUGUGAACAGCCGUCUAUAGUAUAUUGUCGGUCUGAUGCUGCCUGUUUAUGUUUGUCUUGCGAUCAAAGUGUCCAUUCUGCUAAUGCACUGUCGAAACGUCAUUUAAGAACACCGUUGUGUGGAAGAUGCAAUUUUCAACCUGCUUUUGUUAGAUGUGCAGAAGAAAGGGUAUCCCUAUGUCAGAACUGUGAUCUGAUGGGUCACAGUACCUCUACCUCGAAUCUGACACAUAGGAGGGAAACGGUUAACUCUUAUUCUGGUUGCCCAUCAUCUGCCGAACUUUCUUCCAUAUGGUUGUUUUUCUCGCAAUCCCCUUCAGCAGGUGAAUCUACUUGUGAGCAGGAAUUAAGGGAAAUGAGCAUCAAUGAGAACGUAGAGAGGAAUUCGUGGUGUCCUAUAGAAAAUACCAUCAGCCAGAAUGAUAAUGGUGUUGCUGAAGUAAAUCAUGACCGCAAUGUGAAUGUAGAUAGCAGAAGUACUUGGGAUGGAUCAUCAAAUCCGGAACUUGGGUCUGCACCACAAUUUCUUCAUCAGCCAGCUGGAACAACAGAUACAUCGUUAACCAAGUUAUCUUGCCCUCAAACAAAGUAUGCAGGAGUUUGUGAAGACGAUCUGUAUGAUGACUUCAAUAUGGAUGAAUUUGAUUUGGACCUUGAAAAAUAUGAAGAACUCUUUGGGGUAACUCUCAAUCAUUCAGAAGAAAUUCUCGAGAAUGGUCAAAUGGAUAGCUUAUUUGGGACAAAGGCCAUGUCUGUUACUGAUUCGUACUGUCAGGGUGCAGUGGCUGCUGAGGACUCAUCUCCUGGACUUGUGAAUGGAAUCCAGCCAGCAUUCAGCAAUGCCGCAUCUGCUGAUUCCAUGUUGAGCAGUAAAACCGAUUCAAUUUUGUAUUUUACGGCAAGGCAGGACCAUUCAAGCUUCUCUUUUUCUGGCCACACUGGAGAGAGUAACGGAGGAGAUUACCAAGAUUGUGGGGCUUCGUCAAUGCUUCUCAUGGGACAACCCUCUUGGUGUCCUCCGUCUGCUGAGGGCUCCUUCCCGUCGGCUUCUCGAAGUGAUGCUGUCAUGCGUUACAAGGAAAAGAAGAAGACACGGAAGUUUGAAAAGCGAGUGAGAUAUGCCUCUCGCAAAGAAAGGGCUGAUGUGCGAAAGCGUGUGAAAGGACGCUUUGUCAAAGCUGGUGGUGCCUAUGAUUAUGAUCCGCUGAACCCAACUAGAAGCUGCUGAGACUACAACCUACAACUAUGCUUAGAACAAGGAAAGAAACGCCGGGUGUUAGUUGGAUACAAAAAAUACCAUGAAUAAAUUGGUUGGUCCUAGUUGUCCAUCACCGUAAAAGAUCAUCGGAUUGCUGCUUCAUUAACAAGAUCCACCUCGAUCGCCUUUGCUGCCAUUACGUCCGAGAAAAGUUCACCUGCUCAAAUUAUUUUGUUUUUUUCAGUGUGGAAAUGAAAAUGCUUCCGGAUGCUCCAAGUCAUGAAUAUGCUCUGAGUGUUAUAGACAAGUAUAUACUUCUUCUGUAAAAGAUGCUGUUUUCAUCGACACAGCAUGCCUCAUGCUUGCAAGACUGAAGUCUUGGCACGUGACACCAUGGCAUGCAGCCAUAGUUUUGUACUUUCUUCUUUAUUUUUUAAAAAUGUUUAUCUUAAUGACGUGUAUAGCCAUUGAUAUUUGCAGACUUGCAGUUGAGAGACAGGAAACUUGCAAUUGUAAUAUUUUUCUCUUCGGGUGUAUAACAAAGGAUUU